CCCCCCCCAAAAAAAAAAGUAAUGAAAUAGAGUGGGAUUGUUCCGAUCCGCACCCGCUCCCCACCGACCUCGUCUAAACCCACCCAGUUCCCGCCGAAAAGAAUACAAGUAACAAAGAAGAAAAAGAAUUGAAUAAAAGACAGAUUUGGGGUACUCAAAUAUAGUAGCACCCGAGAAUUUUUAGUAUUGCAGAUUCAUGGGUUUCGCAGCCGAACUCGUCCCGACGCGAUGCUUGUGCAGGUGCAGACGCGGAGUGCGUCUUCAAUUCGGUCAAAUGAAUCCUGAGAUGUUGACCCAACAUAAGGAACAAAGUUGGUUGUCGUCGCCGGAAGGCGAAAGACCGGCAAAGGAUUUAGGGUUAUCAUCGUCGGAAGGGAGAAAAUCGACGAUUGUAAUUGUUAUCGUUGCCGAAAGGGAGAAAACCAGCAACUGUUGUCAUUGCCAGAUUGCGACUGUAAUUAUUAUGUUGGAAUUUAAAUAGUUGGGAAGAAAGAGAAAGACUGGUUGGGAACUGUGACAUAUAACUUUUCAGAUCUGUUAGGUAGUUUUUAAUAAAUAAUUUUUUUAAUAUAAAAAGAAUUUUAUAUUAAUAUAGUAAAAAAAUAUAUGUACCUGAUGGUUUUUCAUAACUUUUUUUCUAAUAUUAAUAUAGUAAAAAAUAUAUGUGUCAAUUGGUUUUUCAAAAAUACAAGUACAUGCUAUAACUAAUCCUAAUUGAAAAAGUAACUAAAAGUUAUGUUAAAGUUAAAAGUAGAUUUUUAAAAUAUCUUUAUACUUUUAUAUUUAUAAUAUUUAUUUUUUUUAGUCGAAUCCUCACACCCGUAUUCAUACUUGAAUUCGCACCCCCAAAUCUUAAAAUUUAAAUUUUGACGAAUCCAACUCUCGGAUCCGCACCGUUCUCGGAUACCUGCACCCCGAAUUCAUGCAACGUAGGCUAUUUUAUGAUUACAGAGUACGCCCAAGGCCGAUAUAUUCAAUUUGAUUUUCAUUGUCUGAAAGGACCAUUUCAGCUUCCUGGUAUACUAGAUCAUUUGUCAGUGAUGUCAUCUACAUUUGGCAAUCCUCAACAAUCGUCUUCUCACUAUGUGAUGACACCAUCUUGGUUAAAGCAGUUCGGUAGCAGAGGGGGUCGCUGAGUCAUUUGGCUUGCCGUCAUUGGGGUUUAUGUCUAUGUUCAUUUUGUCUGGAGGGUCUGGUAGUACAUUGUUCAUAUUGGAAGGUUGUUUAGCUAGAGUGAAGUUACAGAAGCUCUCUACUGUACUAGAAAAGGAACUUGAUGAAUCAACUACCUCUUUAUUGAUGUAACAACUAAAAACUUUAGAAAAAAAUAUUUUAAAAUUUUAACUUGCUAGCUAUUAUUCAUUAUUCCUUAGCAGUUUCCAGAAGACAGUCCUAUUUUAAAUUCUCAGAAUCAAAUUUAUUAACUUUUGGAAUCAUAUUAAUUAACUUUUUUUAGCUUGUUAUGGCUAUGGUGUUGUGGUAUUUUAGAAGAUAUAGUAGUGGUUAUGUGAAUGGUAUUUUACAAGUUGGAGUCUGUGGAAGAUGAUGAAUAGGAAUGGUUCAGGGAAGAAGACGAAGAUGACACGGGCAAGGGGAGGGUUCAACUCGCUCAUAUCCAUCAUUUGCCAACACUAUUCACUGUUUUUUAAUUUUAUUUUUGAAUCUCCUUGGUGUUAAUCCUGCCUACUGCCGGCUGCCGCUAAUGACAAAUAUAGUGAUUGUAGUGGGCUGACAAGCUUGCCACAUUAUACCUUUUGGUGUCUUCUAUUGUGUAGAUGAUCUAUCCAAGUUCAAUUAGCUUGUCUUGAGCACCUGAAUGCUUCUAUUAGUAAAAUACAGAUUUUGCAUUCAUGUGGAAACUUUUAAGUUAAGAUCAAUUAAUUUUUCAAAAUAGGGCAAAGGAUAUUAGUGUAAUCGUUACUCAUUCUCUUUAAUCCCUCCUUUUUGGCUUGUGAUAUUUGAAAUGAUUUGAUUUCUCUUCUUCGUGUUAUUUUAGCUGAUUAUUCUAGGUUUGGAGAUGAAAAGUAGUAUAAAGAACGAACUCUACUCAGACAUUUUGGAUCUGUCAAACCUUCAAUCGAGUCCUAGGCAGACGAUCAAUUCUGGAAACAAUGAUUCACAAGACAACGAUUGGUGCGACUUAUGGAGUGAUGAUGGAGAUUUGUGUGAUGAUUCUACCGAUAAGUUGGAUAAAACAUCUGAAAUUGACAGGGAAUGGCAGAGGCGGCAUGACCAAUUCCAUACUAUUGGAUACCGUGAUGGUCUUAUGGCAGGGAAAGAAGCUUCAGCUCAAGAGGGUUUUAAUGUUGGUUUUAGGGACUCUGUAUAUGUUGGAUACAAUUGGGGUCUUGUCAGAGGUAUCACUAGUGCUUUCGCCUCUCUUCCUGAAGGCUUAAAAGAAAGAAUGGUUAAUACAAAGGAAAUCCAGAAUAAGUUCCAGCACUUACAUGAGUCUGCUUAACAGUGAAAAUGCUUAAGGUGUUCCAUGAUAGUCUGUCAAAGAAAUUGAAAGAGAGUGUUGAAAAUGACAACUCUAGCUUCUGCUUGGUAGAUUCCAAUGACAUCAGCUCCAAUGACAAUCUUCUCAAGAAUUACCAGAAAGAGCUACAAUCACUUAUUGAUGAAUCAGGGCUCAAAUUGCACUUAGAUACACAGGAGUAGCCUUUUCUUUUCUAGCCUUACUCACUGAAGUCGCUUUUCACUUUCUUGAAAAGUGAUAUUUUUCAUCACAAUCCACGAAAUUGCAUUCAGAAAGAGAAGAAAAUGGUAUACUUGAAUACAUAGUUUGUACAUAUAAUAUUUCUAUUAUCUAACAUUGUAUGUGCGAUUUAAGUUACAAAUUUGUUGUAUUCUGAAGAGAAAUUACUGUUUGCACUUUGUAUUCCCUUUUUUUCUUUCUUUUAUGUCAAGUCUUUGGUAAGGGUCUAAAUUUGUCU